AUGGGAAAUAUUUGUUUUCGAGAAGAAUUUGUCUAAACCGAUGUAGCAAAAUUAAAGUUUGAUGAAGAUGAUCUUCAUUCUACUGCUAUAACUAUUUAAGGGAGGGAAACAAAAUAAUUAGCUCUAUUAUCAGAUUUUAAGAAAUUAAAAAUGCUAGGUAAAGGUGCAUAUGGAAGAGUCAUGCUAGUUUAAUAUGAAAAAAAAGGGAAACAAAAGUUAUACGCAAUGAAGAUAUUAGAAAAGAAAAACAUUAGAAAGGAAUCUCAAAUUAGACAUGUAUUAGAUGAAAGAAAAAUAUUAGAGAAAACUAAUUCAAAUUUUGUUGUUAAGUAUACUCUUAUAUAAUUGUAUAGACUAAGAUAUGCAUUUUAAAAUCAUGCUCGAUUGUAUUUUAUAGUAGAUUAUAUGUAAGGAGGGGAUCUAUAUUAUCAUAUCAAAUCAUUAUCAAAUUUUCCUGAUAGUUAUAUAAGAUUUUAUUCAGCAGAAAUAUUAUUUGGAUUAUAACAUUUACAUUCUUUGAACAUAAUAUAUAGAGAUCUAAAACCAGAAAAUAUUCUCAUAAGCUAAUCUGGACAUAUAAAAUUAUCUGAUUUUGGUCUCUCUAAAAUUCUUGAUGAUUAUAAUUAAAAAGCUAAUACUUGUUGUGGAACAAUAGAUUAUUUGGCUCCUGAAGUAUUAGGGAAUGAAGGAUAUACAUUUACUAGUGAUUUCUAUAGUCUAGGUUGUCUAAUUUAUGAGAUGUAUUUUGGGAAACCACCUUUUUACAGUAGAGAUAAAAAAUUGAUGGUUUAAAAUAGAAGUGUAAGAUCAAUCCCUUAGUUAGAAUAAUGCCCUCAAGAUGCAAGAGAUUUACUCACAAAACUCCUUGAAGUGGAUGUAUGAUAUUUAUUUAUGAUGAAAUAAGCCUAAAAAAAGAUUAGGAAGAAAGGGAGCUGAAUAAAUAUUAAAUCAUGCUUUUUUUUAAGAUUUAGAUCUAUAAAAGAUGAAAGAAUUGUAAAUAUAGGCACCAAUUAUUAUAAUAAAUUCAGAUUAUGUAGAUCUUAGGAUGAAUAAGGAAAUAAUUCCAUAGACACCUUAAUAGAAAGGAACACAGAAAAUCUUUGAAGGAUUUACGUAUUUUCAAAAAGAGAGUUAAGAUUGUUGA